GAACGCUGUCAGCAUGGCCACUUGCCCUUUAAAUAGGUUACUCUUUGCUUCAAGCCACAGCCACCAAACGGUAGCAAAUGUACCUCAAAGUCUGUUCAAGAACGUUUUGGGGAAACGUGUCGUUUAGUACAAACCGUUCCGCAACGUAGCAAACGUUCAAGCGAACUGAACGCACAGGUCUAGUGUACCGCGGUCUCGCGCACCGUGCAGACAGCCAAGCUCGAGCCUACCGGAGCGGUGUAACGUUCUGAACGGUAAAGAUGGCAGAACGACAGCAGAAACAUGAAGGCGGCCGAGUGAAGAUCGGACAUUACCUCUUAGGAGACACUCUGGGCGUCGGCACAUUCGGCAAAGUAAAGAUUGGAGAACACCAGUUGACAGGUCAUAAGGUGGCAGUGAAGAUCCUGAACAGACAGAAGAUCAGGAGUCUGGACGUGGUGGGCAAGAUCAAACGAGAGAUACAGAACCUCAAACUCUUCAGACACCCUCACAUCAUCAAACUGUACCAGGUGAUCAGUACUCCUACAGAUUUCUUCAUGGUGAUGGAGUAUGUCUCAGGAGGAGAGCUGUUUGACUACAUCUGCAAACACGGACGGGUAGAGGACAAAGAGGCUCGUCGGUUGUUCCAGCAGAUUAUCUCCGGUGUAGACUACUGCCACAGACACAUGGUGGUGCACAGAGACCUCAAACCUGAGAAUGUACUGCUGGACCAUUCCAAGAACGCCAAAAUAGCUGACUUUGGGUUGUCAAACAUGAUGUCAGACGGGGAGUUCCUGAGGACCAGCUGUGGAUCUCCCAACUACGCAGCUCCUGAAGUAAUCUCCGGAAGGUUAUACGCUGGUCCUGAGGUGGACAUAUGGAGCAGUGGGGUGAUCCUGUAUGCGUUGCUGUGUGGGACUCUGCCCUUUGAUGACGAGCACGUUCCCACACUGUUUAAGAAGAUUAGAGGGGGCGUGUUCUAUAUGCCAGAAUACCUCACUCGGCCCGUCGCUUCCCUGCUGCUGCUCAUGCUGCAGGUCGACCCACUCAAGAGGGCUACCAUUAAAGACAUUAGGGAACACGAGUGGUUUAAGCAGGACCUGCCAGGCUACCUGUUUCCUGAGGACCCUUCCUAUGACUCCACCAUUCUGGAUGAGGAGGCAGUCCGAGAGGUGUGUGACAAGUUUGAGAGCACCGAGUCUGAGGUGAUGUCCAGUCUGUACAGCGGAGACCCUCAGGACCAGCUAGCGGUAGCGUACCAUCUGAUCAUAGACAACCGGCGCAUCAUGACCCAGGCCAGUGAGUUCUACCUGGCCUCUAGCCCUCCCCAGGGCUCCUUCAUGGAGGAUGGCAUGUCACUGCCCCCCGGGGUCAAACCACACCCAGAGAGGAUGCCCCCCCUGCUGGUAGACAGCCCCAAGGCGCGCUGCCCGUUGGAUGCCCUCAACACCACCAGAGCCAAACCCCUGGCAGUGAAGAAAGCCAAGUGGCACCUGGGCAUCAGGAGUCAGAGCAGACCCUAUGACAUCAUGGCUGAGGUCUACAGGGCUAUGAGACAGCUACAGUAUGACUGGAAGGUGGUGAACCCGUACCACCUGCGUGUUCGGAGGAAGAACCCAGUAACAGGCAACCUGGUGAAGAUGUGUCUCCAGCUGUACCAAGUAGACAACAGAUCCUACCUGCUGGACUUCAAAAGCAUCGAUGAUGACAUCAUGGACGCAGUAGGGUUUAAGUCGGGCUCUUCCACCCCCCAGAGGUCAGGCUCCACUGCAGGGCUCCACAGACCCAGACUCAGUGUGGACUCAGCCUGUCCUGCCGUGGAUCUCCCCAAGCUCAGCUCCUCUCUGCCUGGAUCGCUGUGCUCCAGCGCUGCCCUCCUCACCUCCACCUCCACCCCCACCCCGCGCCAGGGCAGCCACACUAUGGACUUCUUUGAGAUGUGUGCCAGUCUCAUCACCACGCUGGCCCGCUAGAGACGGUAAACCUCCGCUGGGUAACUAGGGGCCUGGAGUUUUUCCUGGUCAAUGUCAUAUAGUCCGGAAAACUCCAGCUACCGCCUGCAUAACCAUCUGAAACAGAACACUGCCCUGAGCCUAUUUAGACCGUUUUAUAUUGGUGUGAUCCUGACCUAAUUCUCCAAGUACUGCAGAACACGCCUCUAACCACAGAUCUAGGGUCAGUUGUUCCCUCCUGGUGUUGUAGGUUUGGGCUAGGCAAAACUGAUCGUAGAUCUCUGAUUAGACUUCCUGUUUGUCUAGAGCAGGGAUGGGCAACUUUGAUGGGGGUAGGGGCCACAAAAAAUCAGAACUCAUCAUUCGGUGGCUCACGUGACUGCAUACUCAAAUCCAGACACACACAUGCAGUCAGUGUUUUAAGCAAAAUUUGGCGAUUUAUAAACAUUUUAGUUUAGUCUUGACAGCGGAAGGAAUUGAUCUGCAGUCCUACAAAAGUGGCCAUGCGACCCGCGCGCCACGAGUUGCCCGUCCCUGGUCUAGAGCCAGUCUGCCAGAGCCAGUCUGGCCGUGGGAAAGGUUAGAGGUCUCACUUGUAGCUCCCAUAUGGCGCGUUCACGUGCUCGUCGAAACUAGGAAACGGACAUUUCUAACUGGUUGCAGUUAUGCACGUGCAGCGUUCAACCAGUUAGCACGUGGGACAUUUACAGAUAAGCCGCGCCUCCCUGACUACUCUCAACCUCCAAUCAGAUCCAGAAUAGCCGUCACUGUAGAACAAACACACUGAGCAUUUUAUAUAUGGUUUUAUAUGGUUUUUGUAACGACACACGUUUUGUUAUCCAUAUUUAUCAUAUAUAUUUAUAUUCCUAUCACUUUGAGUAGUGUAGCAGCUGUUGAUUGUAACAUGCAACAAAUGAAGUUAAAGAGGAUUGUUGUUAUUAUUAUUUAGAUGUCAUAUUCUUAUUUAUUUUAAAGAGGUUUUGUUUUAGAGGCUCUGUGUGGUACUGAAUAUUGAGUAUUGAAGCACUGCUGAUGUUUGAGAAGUAUAUACGGACUUAAGAGAUUUUAGGUGAUGAGAGGUCAUAGAGAGAGAGCCUCCACUCUCCCUCUCUCUCUGACUGGUAAUAUUGUUCUGUGGAUUAGUUAGCAUUGAUGCUACCUGACGGAGGAGGAGGGAGGGAAGUGUAUCUGUAGUGAACCUUUCUCCAGGUGCCUUAACACACGUUGUUUCUAGCUUGGUGACUGUUUUUGUUUGCAGAAACGGAAUGGUAAGCAGACUGUUUCUGUGUGUGUGUGUGUGUGUGUGUGUACACUCCUGUGUGUAGAGGACUGACAGACAGGAGCUUGCCAGGGAUUGGCCAGGAGAAGACAUACAGUACUGUAGUUUAUGUGCCAAUGAGAUUUGAAUUCUGACUAAUAUAACUAAAGAUACAGGAGGAGAGGGAAUAGAUAUGACAGAACACUGGAACAAAUCUCCCUUCACCAAUUGUCAAAUGGUUUACAGUAUAUAGUGUUCCAGAGUCCUGUCUGUGUCUCUUGUUCUGCUGGGGCCAGUGAGGGCUGGGCUGAUCUGAUGCAUGCUAGUGUGUCUGUGUUUCUCUGCUCUGUUCUGGUACCGUGAUGGUGGUCUGUUCUGGUACCGUGAUGGUGGUCUGUUCUGGUACCGUGAUGGUGGUCUGUUCGGUUUGUUAUUAAAUGUAGAAUCAUUUGUAUCUCUCUCUUUCCUUCCCUCCCUCUGGAGUUAUUGGUUUGUGGUGUGUAUUUGCAGUAGUGUGUGUUUCGCUGAGGGAAUUGUAGACCUCUGUUGGGCCAGUUAAGAGUCAGAAAAGACACUAAACCUCUCUUCUUUCCUUUUGUUUCCUUGUCAUUCGUUUCCUUGUCAUUUGUUUGUCCUGUGCAGCAGUUCUGUCAAUCACAUCUCUAUUCUGAGAGUCUGUUUUUGUCUGUGUAUGACGCUAUACAUGCAAGACAAUACCCACGUAUGUGUACUCUCAUCUAGUACCGGUUGGACCCACCUUUGUCUCCAGAACAGCCUGAAUUCUUCAGGGGAUUCUACAAGGUGUCAAAGAUUCCACAGUGAUGUUGGUUCAUGCUAAUGCGAUGGCGCCGUGCAGUUUCUGCAGAUUGGACGGCAGUACAUUCAUGCUGCGAACAUCCAUCUCAUCUCAAAUAUGCUCUAAUGGGUUGAGGUCUGGGGACUGCGCAGGCCACUCAAGUAAACUGAACUCGCUGACAUAUUCCAGGGGAUGUUUUUCCACUCCUCGGUUGUUCAGUGUUGGUUAACACGUACCCACCUGAGCCACUUCUUGUUUUUAGCUGAUAGGAAUAGAACCUGGUGUGGUGGUCUGCUGCAAUAGCCCAUCCGUGACAAGGAUCGACCAGUUUGUUUUCUGACCCACCUGUUGGCUUGCACGAUUCUUGCCCUUCUCCUUCGACCUCUCAUCAAACGAGCUGUUUUCACCCGCAGGGCUGCUGCUGACUGGAUGUUAUCUGUUUCUCCCACCAUUCUCUGUAAACCUUAGACACUGUUGUGUGUGAAAAGCCCAGGAGGGGAGCGGCCGUUUCUGAGAUACUGGACCCGGGGCAUGGCACCGAUGAUCAUACUUCGCUUAAAGUCACUUGUUUUGCCUAUUCUAACGUUCGAUUGAACAGUAACUGAAUGCCUGUUUUAUAUAACAAGCCACAGCCAUGUGACUCCGUGUCUGGGUGGUGUACUUAAUAAACUGGCAUAUCCCAUUUUUGAGAGAUACUUACAUACUGAGGGUACAAAACAUUAUGAACACCUGCUCAUUCCAUGACAGACUGACCAGGUGAAAGCUAUGAUCCCUUAUUGAUGUAAUUUGUUGAAUCCACUUCAGUCCAGUGGUCACCAAGCAUUUCUGUGGAAAAGCCAGGCCUGAUUUUGUGCGUGUUGCGCUGUUGGUGGUAGGUGCACUUGAUUCAAGCGGACCGGGAGGUCUGUUGCUAAAUUGAGUGUGCCUAAUGUGCUGGCAAUCGAAUAGCUCAAAUUACCGUACAGAGCCUCCUCGACCCCGGCCACAGUCAAAAGGUUUGAUACUAGCCUAGGUAAGAUUGAAUAACCUUUAAAAGCACGACCACGGAGAGACUGUAGAAUAAUGCAGCAGCGCUGCAGUUUGUAUGAGUGUGUUUUAUUCAGCACUGGCAACCCGGCUUUGGUUGAACACUAUUAUAAAACGCUCUUCUCCCUUUUUCCACUCGCGCUGCAAUGAGUUUUAUUAUUAGCUUUGUGUCUAUUUUAAUAUGGAGGAGUAUUUCACUUUCUCUGGUCAUAGGAACCGCAUGAAUUUGUGCAUGAGGCAGAUGUGGCGCGACUCGAGUUUCGCCAUCAGGUGGAAGACGGUGUCUCUUUGGUCAGUCUCACCGGAGGAGAGGAAGGAGAAAGCAGUGACUGUGAAAGGAAGGGGAAAGCAGUGACUGUGAAAGGAAGGGGAAAGCAGUGACUGUGAAAGGAAGGGGAAAGCAGUGACUGUGAAAGGAAGGGGAAAGCAGUGACUGUGAAAGGAAGGGGAAAGCAGUGACUGUGAAAGGAAGGGGAAAGCAGUGACUGUGAAAGGAAGGGGAAAGCAGUGACUGUGAGAGGAAGGGAAAGCAGUGACUGUGAGAGGAAGGGGAAAGCAGUGACUGUGAGAGGAAGGGGAAAGCAGUGACUGUGAGAGGAAGGGGAAAGCAGUGACUGUGAGAGGAA